AUGACAGACAACCUUGACAAUGACCACAAUUCUGAUCUGGAAAACAGAACACCGCAUAAGAACGCGGACACCACACCAGACGAUACUUCUCAGCCUAACAAAGACAAGAAUUCGCCAAGCACAGGAGCCAUGGAGGCACUGCAAGAUCGCCUAAAACAACUCGAAAAAGAGGUCGAAUAUCAACGGAAAGCCGGGAGAAACCUACGACGGGAAGCUAGACGACACCGAGAAUUAGAAGACAAGCUCCUAAAGCUUGAGGCCGAUCUCAAGGCAAAAACUACUCGAUCCAGCUACGAAGAUAGCCCCCACAAUGACCAGGACCCAUUCACCAAAGAGAUCAUGAAGGCUAAAAUCCCAAAAGAAUUUAAACCCCCUGACAUGAUUCCAUACGAUGGCACCCUACAAUGCCCUGAUAGGUCGGAUAAUGCUGAAUCAGCUGGGCACAGUAGUCUCGACUCCACAUCUGUACAUGAAGUUUCCAACCAUAGAAAGGAUCGCUACGGAGACGUAAAGGAGUUCCUCAUACAGUUCUUAAGAGACAAUGUCGAACUCUUCGCAUGGAAGGCUGCAGACAUGUCGGGCAUAGACCCCAAGUUAAUGUGCCACAAGUUGGCAGUUUACCCAGGAUCUCGGCCAGUACAGCAGAGACGUAGAAAGCUCGGACCAGAACGUUCCCAGGCUGUGGAAGAACAGUUAGAAGUGGUAGGAGCCUACAUGAGACCUACAUAUGGCCCAUUAUCACAAACAUUCUACAUGAAACCUUCAUGUUGUUUGAUGGUUGGUUUGAGUGGGGCACUAGAAACACUAUGUGGGCAAGGAUUUGGUGCAAAAGAAUACCAAAUGCUGGAAAUUUAUCUACAAUCUUCAUGCAUCAUAUCCUUUGUUUUCUCCAUCAUCAUAUCCAUAAUUUGGUUCUACACACAACAUAUCUUAGUACUACUUCACCAAUCCCAAGACAUAGCAGCAGCACUUUACAUGAAGUUCUUUUUUCCAGGUUUGUUUGCAUAUGGAUUCUUGCAAAACAUUCUUAGGUUUCUCCAAACACAAUCUGUUGUGACACCAUUGGUUAUUCUCUCAACUAUCCCAUUGUUGAUCCACAUUGGCAUUGCGUAUGCAUUAGUUGAGAAGACAGGUUUGGGUUUUGUUGGUGCACCUAUUUCAGCUUCAAUUUCACUAUGGAUAGUUAUUGUUUUGUUGGCUUUGUAUGUUAUGUAUGGAAAGAACUUCAAGUUGACAUGGGAAGGGUUUUCUACUCAAUCUUUUCAUUAUGUAUUGCCUAGCCUUAAACUUGCUCUGCCCUCUGCAGCAAUGGUAUGUUUGGAGUAUUGGGCUUUUGAAAUCUUGGUUUUCUUAGCUGGAAUAAUGCCUGAUUCAGAAAUAACCACUUCCUUGAUUGCAAUAUGUGCCAAUACAGAAUUCAUUGCAUACAUGAUCACUUAUGGUCUUAGUGUUGCUGCAAGCACCCGAGUUUCGAACGAACUGGGAGCCGGCCACCCGGACCGGGCGAAUCGCGCGAUGAGAGUGACUCUCACUCUCUCAGUUCUGCUUGGUUUGUGCUUUGUUUUGGCACUUGUGUUUGGUCAUAAUAUAUGGAUUCAAAUGUUCAGUAGCAGUUCUAAAAUAAAGGAGGAGUUUGCUUCAAUAACACCCUUACUUGCAAUAUCUAUAUUACUAGAUGCUGUCCAAGGUGUCUUAUCAGGGGUGAUUAGAGGAUGUGGUAGGCAGCACUUGGCUGCAUAUGUAAACCUUGCAACUUUUUAUCUCAUUGGUUUACCAAUAUCAUGUCUCCUUGGAUUCAAGACCAAUUUGCAAUUCAAGGGUUUAUGGAUAGGGUUGAUUUGUGGGCUGAUUUGUCAAACUGGAGCACUAUUAUUUUUCACAUGGCAUGCCAAUUGGUCCAAACUCCAUCUCUCUCUGGAGAAAAUUAGACACAAUGAUCAACCAAUUCCCCUCUGUGUUGUUGAUGACCAGUUUGUUCUCAAUGUUGGAAUGACUUUUAACACCCUUGAAGAUGCUGCAAAAUUUUACAAGGACUAUGCCAAGGCUGCAGAGAAUAACGAGAAAGCUGGUAUCAGACCAAACAAAACUUACGAAUCAUUUGUUGCAGCAGCUGGGGUCACCGCGAGUUAA